AUGCACAUCUCUAAUGUAAUGCAAGUAGAAUUUACAACUCUUGUUGAUGGAGAUUGGAGAAAAUAUAGCAUUUGUUUUAAAAGAGUGGAAAAAGGUGUAGUCAAAAGGUGAAGAAAAGUGCCCAUAGAAAAAUACAAACACAGUAAGAAACUGGUAAUGCCAGUGACUUAGUUAAUUAGUAAUCCGCGUAAUAUUCAAAUAUGGGUGAAGAAACAAGCAACACGACACAGAACAAGGCGCGAGCCAAAACAACGCGACCCAAAGCUGUCUAUCAAUGGACUGUGAGUGAUGUGCUCAAGUGGUAUCGGCGUCAUUGUGGCGAAUAUACCAAAUACGAAAAUCUCUUUGCCACACAUAUCAUUACGGGACGAGCGCUACUACGCAUUACGGAUUCAUCGCUGCAACGCAUGGGCAUCGUUAACAAUCAGGAUCGUGAGGCGAUUUGGCGUGAGAUAGUCAAACAGCGAUUGAAAACGGAUAUUAUGGAGAUCCGCGACAUGGAACGUAUCAAUGUUCAUUAAGCACAUGUAUGAUAUCCAAGCUAGAACUUAAAUAAUUGUAUCUAUAGAUCUUAAAUAAUUGUUAAUCGAAUUCGUGCGUUAGGAAUAAACACAUUUGUUGUAUAGUUUA